CUUUAUUAUCAAGUGGAACGAAGGUAGCGGAACAGAUUAGUGAUGAGGUCCUUAGUACUUAUUGCAGUAGUCCUGUGUGUAUUCAGUGUAACUCUCGCUGAUCGUGCCAAGACCAGAGAAGUGCUACAGAAAUUGAAGGAACUGCAUCCGAAGUAUAAAGACAUACAAGAUUUCGUGAUUAAAACUAUCAGUGAGGCCCAGUUGAAAACUACAGAAAAAGUCAACGUCUUUCAUGAAGAUAUUUUGACGAUCAAGGAAACAUUCGUAGUCAACACAAUUCUUAUUGAGGAAGCUUUUCUUGAAGAUAUUAGCAACAAACCAGAAGCAGAAGAUGGGGGUGAAUGUGUGGAAGCCGUAGAACAAUCAUCGAGAACUGCAAUCGUUUUGGCUGGAAGUGCAAUUUCAAAAUGUAUCACUGAUGUCAGUGAUGUUCUCACUGUUGAGGUUUCCAAGAUCUCCAACCAGAUAAAAAAGGACGACGACUUUAUUUGGGUGGACCUGUUCAACUCAUUCCGAGGAGGGAAUAUUUUCAGUAGGCCUGAGUCUAUUCUAGCAACUUUGGCCGAGAAGGAUUCGCGUCUACAAUUACCUUCAGAUUUAUACGAAGAAAUGUCUUCGGCUAUUAGCACAUUUGGUGACAUUCUUAAUCAUUUACAAGCCAUCUAUAUCGAAUGCAUGACGGAUGCUGACCUUAGACUAAAAAGGGAUGUCGAAAGUGCGUUGGAACAUUUCGUGAAAGCGUGUGGUGGUGUGAUAAAUCAUGAUAUCGUUACUCUGCCUUCCCUUGGGGAAACAAACCCGGAAGAUGAAUCGGCAGCAGAGAUUUCGGAGGAGAAUCCUGAAGCGGAGAAUGAAGAACUCGUUCCCUCUGAGCAGAAGUUUGAUAUAUUAAAGGCAUACCGCGAGCACCGUGGCAUGCAUUAAUGAGAUACUAGUCGUUGUUCCGUACAAUUUUUUUUAUAUAGCCUUGAUCAUGAUGGAAAUUUUAAUAAUAAUAUAACUAAUAAUAAUAAUACAACAUUUUCUACUCACAAGAAACAUUUUUUAUAAAUACAAAGAAUACAUUAUUA